AUGGAAACGUACAACGCCAACUGUCACUGUGGCGCCGUUCGAUUUUCCUUCUCCCUAGCACCGUUGAAGACCAUCAAAAUCAACCGAUGCAAUUGCUCCAUCUGCACGAAGAAUAGCUAUCUCCUGGUGUAUCCUCUUCGAAAGGAUGUAGUCUUCCGUCGCGGAGAGGACCAGCUCGCGGAGUACCGAUUCGGGAACAGAACAAAACCGCACAAGUUCUGCCCUAACUGCGGGACAUCUGUGUUGAUAGACUUUAAGGAGUCCCAGUUUGAAAAGGAAAGAGAAAUGAUGGCAAUCAAUGGAAAUUGCAUCACGAGGAGGAGGAGACUCUAA